UCAAAUGUAAUUCCAAAAAUCAUGAAAUUGUACUGAUGAAAGCAGCAGAGUUAUCUACAGCCUUCAUUUCUUGGCCAUAUAUUAGUUGAGUUAGUUGGCCGGAAGCAGCAGGUCCAUAAAUUGUGUGUCCUUUUCUCGGUGUCGUUGUGAAAAGAAGAAGAUGAGUUACAUGUCAGAUAGAAAGCCUCACGCUGUGGUGACUCCAUAUCCAGCACAAGGCCAUGUAACCCCGUUGUUAAAAAUAGCGAAGCUGCUUCACCUGAGAGGCUUUCACAUAACCUUUGUGCACACUGAGUACAACUACAAACGGUUGCUGAGAUCAAGGGGUGCCAAUGCCCUCGAUGGCCUACCAGAUUUUCGCUUUGAGGCCAUCCCAGAUGGACUUCCUCCAUUGGAGAAUGAUGAUGUUACUCAGCCCGUACCCGCUCUUUUUGACUCUAUCCGAAAGAACUUCCUUCAACCCUUUUGCGACCUUCUUCAUAAACUUAACCAUUCUUCAUCUCAGGGUCUCAUUCCCCCACUUACUUGCUUAGUUUCUGACGGUUGCAUGCCCUUUACUGCACAAGCUGCCCAACGAUUUGCUCUCCCUAACGUUAUCUGUUGGCCUGCCAGUGCCUGUUCACUGUUGUCUGUCAUGAACUUUCCCACUAUGGUCCAGAAAGGUCUCACACCACUCAAAGACGAGAGUUAUCGGACAAACGGGUUUUUGGACUCCAAAGUGGACUGGAUUCCUGGAAUGGAGAACUUUCGGCUGAAGGACAUGAUUGACUUCCUAUGGACAACGGAUCCAAAUGAUGUAAUUUUGCAGUUUUUCAUUGAACUUGCAAAUACAGUUGAUAAAAACUCGAUCUUUCUUUUUAACACUUUUGACGACCUUGAGGAAGAUGUACUGAAUGCUCUAUCCUCUAUGUUCCCUUCUCUUUAUCCCAUUGGUCCGUUCACUUUACUUCUAAAUCAAAGUCCACAUCAGCACUUGGAACCUUUAGGUUACAAUCUUUGGAAGGAAAAUACGGAGUGUGUUGAUUGGCUUGAAUCCAAGAAUCCUGGAUCUGUUAUUUAUGUGAAUUUCGGCAGCAUCACAGUGAUGUCCGCAGAGCAAAUGUUGGAGUUUGCUUGGGGUUUGGCCAACAGCAAGAAACCGUUUCUGUGGAUCAUUAGGCCCGACCUUGUGGUGGGUGGUUCCGUGAUUUUGUCAUCAGAGUAUGUGAAUGAAACUAGAGACAGAAGCCUGAUAGCAAGCUGGUGUCCACAGGAGAAAGUGCUGAACCAUCCUUCAGUUGGUGGUUUCUUGACUCACUGUGGAUGGAACUCGACGAUGGAAAGUGUUUGCGCUGGAGUCCCAACACUGUGCUGGCCAUUUUUUGCAGAACAGCCAACAAACUGUAGAUAUAUGUGCAGUGAGUGGGAGAUUGGGAUUCAGAUCGAUAGCAAUGCGAAGAGAGAGGAGGUGGAGAAGGUGGUGAAUGAAUUGAUGGUAGGGGAGAAGGGAAACAAGGCGAGAGAAAAGACGAUGCACUUAAAGAAGAAAGCAGAGGAGGCAACAAGACCCGGUGGUCGUUCAUACAUGAACUUCGACAAAGUAAUCAAGGAGGUGUUGCUUAAGCAGAAGACAUCACUUGAUUGAAAGCUAUUUCUUUUUUAUAAUGUUGGAGUCUAAUAAUUCAUGUAAUCAUGCAUGUUCACGAUAGUUCCAUUUGUGAUGAUUACAAAUUUUUAUUAUAUUUUUAAUUUUGACUAUUUUGAAUGGAUGAAAAUUUAUCAUGUUUCAUAUGAA